UUUUUGGCCCAAUAACUCAAACCCGUUCAUAGCAACGAACCAGAAAACUUCUACCUCACAAACUCACAUCAAAAUGGCGACUGCAGCGGCUGCCGCUCGAUCUAUUUUCCGGUCAUCCUCCGUCCGUAGCGCGGCGGCAAGAGCAUCCUCCCAAGCCAAAGCUGCACGCUCUCCCUUUCGCAUCGGUAGCCAGAAUGCUCUCUCUAAUCGCAUUUUCAGAUGUCCAGCUGAAAUGAGUGCGUGUUUGGAAUCAUUGCAACCUUUUCACACUGCCACUGCUUCAGCAUUGAUGACUUCCAUGCUUACCCUUUCUCAACGUGGUUACGGUUGGCUCCCUGAAGGUAUCUAGCAAAGCGUCAUAGGGUCCCACCUUGAUCUUCUUUCAUUCAGUUUUGAGGAGUUGACAGAUGAAGAUCGAGAAGCAAAGAUGGAAUGAUUUGGAUCUUUUUGUGUUUUUUUUUUAAAGAUUUUGUUUGAAUAGAAAAACAUAUAAGAUCCAUCAAUAAUGAAUCAGAAACUUGUGAAAUGAGUACAACAGAUUUAAGAUUAUAAUGCAUGCAUAACAUAGCAUUGGAGUAAAUCUAGUUUUAUAGUAUGAUAUGCAAAAUUAAAUUGUGUUUACUAUCAAUUAUACCAUAAUUGGAAAUGAACUUAUUAUGAAUUGUAUCCUUGUUUAAUCAGCUUGCAAUGACGAUGUGUGAUGAGAUUGAGUUGUCAGAAGAUUGAAGCAAAAGCUUUGUUAUGUUUGCAAAGAAUUGCAGAAACUUGAAUAAGCUUCUAUGUCUUUGUUGACUUUUUCUUUUGGUGUUGAUGGCAUUAAAGCCUCAAGGCAUGAUAUACAGAGUGUUCUUUUUAUAACAUAGAAACCCAUUUGUAUUAUUAUUGAUUUCAUGUUUUUUUGUUCAUCUCAAACCCGAAAAUGUUGAAUCACAGUAAUUGCAAAGUCAAUGUAUUUGAUUCGGAUUUGUUUA